CCUGAUGCCUUCAGCCUCUAUGAUCUACUCUCAAACGUUAUUUUUUGUUACUUAUGACACGCAAAAGUUUCAGAGUUUAGGAGGAUCACUUGAGUGCAGAACGCCUCUGUUUACACUAAACAGUGAGUUCUCUCUCCUUGUGAUUUACGCUAGGUGAUUAGCAUUUGAAAACGCCGGCAAAUAACUACACACGAGCCGGCCGACACCAAUCCGCUGCCACAAACACCCUGCGAUGCGAGCGUGCCGCAUUAGCAAGGCCUCACCGCAUCACCGCCCGGCGAAAACCCCCCACCAAAGUUAGCAGAGCUCCAGGAUUAACCACGCCACCCGCCCUCCCCUGUCCCGCGAUCGCCGGCGGGCCACCGCCGUCGUCCUCCCGGGCAGCAAUGCCUCCCCCUCCGCCGCCGGCCGCCGGCAGCCGGGGCCGGUGCGUGCUCAGCUUCGCGGCAGCGCGGGACCGCUGCUUCAGCCGCCGGUUCCUCAGGGCGGGGCUCCGCCCGCUCGCCGUCCCGCUCCCCGCGGGGCCCGACCCCACCACCACCGUCCACAUGUGGGUGCCGUCACGGCCGCCACGGAACCCGCUGCUCCUCCUCCACGGCUUCGGCGCCUCCGCCACCUGGCAGUGGGCGCCCUACCUCCGGCCGCUCAUCGCCGCCGGCUUCGACCCCAUCGUGCCCGACCUCGUCUUCUUCGGCGCCUCCUGCACCAGCCUCCCCGACCGCUCCGACGCCUUCCAGGCGUCCACGAUCAAGGCGGCGAUGGACGCCAUCGGGGUCGCCAGGUUCGGGCUGGUCGGCGUCAGCUACGGCGGCUUCGUGGGGUACCGGAUGGCCGCCAUGUUCCCGGAGGCGGUGGAGAGGGUGGCCAUGAUCUGCGCGGGGGUGUGCCUCGAGGAGAAGGACCUGGCCGAGGGGCUCUUCCCGGUGGCCGGGGUCGGGGAGGCGGCGGCGCUGCUCGUGCCGCGGCGGCCGGAGGAGGUGCGCCGGCUCGUCAGGCUCACCUUCGUGCGACCGCCGCUCAUCAUGCCGUCCUGCUUCCUCUGGGACUACAUCAAGGUGAUGGCCUCGGCCCAUAUCCAGGAGAAGGCUGAGUUGCUAUACGCUUUGAUUAGCGGGAGACAACUCUCAACCCUUCCAAAAUUGACUCAGCCGACGCUUAUAAUUUGGGGGGAGCAAGAUCAGGUGUUUCCAAUGGAGCUGGCGCACAGAUUGAAUCGGCAUCUAGAGGGGAAUUCUCGAUUGGUUGUCAUAAAAAACGCUGGGCAUGCAGUCAAUCUUGAGAAGCCCAAGGAGGUGUGCAAGAACAUCAUUGAGUUUUUCAAAGAGCCGGUUGCUGAAGCUGCAAACGGGGUUGACAAGGUAUAGCUUCACCAAUGGCGGACAGGCCUUCGCUGGGCAUCUGCAGAUCCGCCGCUACAAACGCAAACCAGGACAGAUGUGUGACACACUGUACAUCUCUCCGCCAUUAUCUGUUGUAUCGUAUCAGAUUAGUUGCAAGCAUGUGUAACGGAGAACAGUGCAGACCAGACCAGUGAAAUCCCUGUGCUGUUGCCGUUUCUCGCAUGCCUUCGCUUCCAUAUUUUUGCCGUGUCGGCUGUCGCUUCUCA